AGUUCCAUCAAAUUCAAAGUGACUGAAAUCGAACCCUAAAUCUGAUAAACCCUUUGAAUUUAGGGUUUUGCAGAAUCAUUUACUAUGUUUCGAAUCGGAGCUAAGCUCUAUAGAGCUGCGAGAAUCGGUGGCUCCGCCGUGUCCGAUUUCAGGUCACCAUCAACAAGAUUUUUCUCCAUUAACAACAAUGUUAAUACUGGUUUCAAGACCAACCCAGUUGCUCUUCAAAUGAUCAAUUAUGCUCUUUCUCUAGCCCGGGCUCAAAAAUCAGACGAAUCAUAUGCGCAAGCUCAAUUGGUACUUGAGCAGUGCCACUCAACUCAGUCGGAUGAGAGUGCUAAAGGAUUGGUUAUGCUCGCUAUGUCUACCUUAUUUUCUGAAAGAGGGAAUUUUAGUGAAGCCAUUGAGAAGCUCCAGAAAAUUCAAGAUUUGGGCUUGUCAACUUUAGCUGUUAGAGUUGCCGCCUCUGAAGCACUUGCUGGGCUUUAUUUAGAAUCAUAUCAAGAUGAUUUUUCAUCAGCAACUGCAGAUAUGUGCUUGCAACUGCUGGAAACCAUAAGGCUAGAAAUUGGUGGUGGUGGAUCUGACAUAUUGGAAGCUCGUGCAAAAGCAUUGAAAGGGCUGGUUGAGUUGGUCCAUGGUAAUGCUGAAUCAGCUGAGUCAUUCUUUGAAGGAGCUCAAGGUGAUAAAGGUUGCUUUGGCAAUGUUGCACUAUCUUUUGGUGAAUUCCUGCAUUGUAAGCGGAAUUCCCAGAUGGCGAGGGAGUUAUAUCAAAGGGCAAUGCAGGAUGUAUCAGAACGUAAAGAUUUUACCGACUCACAGUCCAUAUCAGCUUGUAACAUGAAUUUGGAGGAGACUUUGUUAGGAGCUACAUGUGCUCUAGGACAGCUUGAGGCUCAUUUGGGGAAUUUUGAUGAUGCUGAGGAAAUACUAACUGCAGCACUGAAGAAAGCAGAAGAGUGCUUUGGUAAUUAUCAUCCAAAGGUAGGUAUUAUUUUGACCUGCAUAGCUCUCAUGUAUCGACAUAAAGCAGCCAUGGAGCAGUCAAGCUCGCUUUUGAUUCAAGAGGGACUCUAUAGAAGAGCAAUUGAAGUGCUCAAAGCUCCACCCUUGGAAGUAGAAGGUGUUGUAGCGACACGGUCUAGAAGGGAUAUUCUUGCCCUUGCAAGAGGUGGGUACGCAGAGACGCUUAUCGUGCAACAAAACAGAAAAGCAGAAGGUGAAAAACUGAAGCAGUGGGCUGAAACAGCUUGGACAAGUCGCAGAUUAUCACUCGCGGAGGCACUAGAGUCAUCAGCCAAAGUGUCUGUCAUAGAUACUCGAAUAAGCCGAGUCCUGUAGUUUGUUUCCUUCCUUGACACAUUACGUUCAUCAACUCACAAGUAUAUCUAUAUACUUUUUGUAGAUAUGAUAUAUAUGCUCUAAACAACACAAGAGAUUUCGAAAUUUUCUUGAAUAAUGAAUGUAUUACUGUUGUACAUUA